AUGUCGAGUAUCACAUCCCCAAAACCUAAACAACUUUCACCCGAUACAAUUAACAACCAGUCAAGUGCAAAUGUAACUUCUGGAACAUCUGGAAAUGUUAAUCAAGUAGCUAAAGCACAUGCUAUAGCUCCAACACCAAGAGGAGGUGGUAUAACCCCAUAUAACACUCCUGCUGAUAAUCCGCCACUUCAUUCUCUCCAUUUCUCUCGUCCUACCCAUCAUGGUGGUUUAGGUAAUUCUGGAGGGAAUGGAAAUGGAAAUCUCAUCGUUCCCGGUCAAGCAGGAUUAGCAAUGGGAAAUUUACGUGGUAAACCUAUCAAUGCAGCUUCGGCUAUGAGAGGUAGAGGGGUGGGUAUAACACCUGUUGAAAGACACGCUGUGACACCGGGUAAUACACUUAGUAGUGUGGAAAGAAUCGGAGGAAGGAUUGCAAUGCUUUUAGGUACACAAAGUCCUAGUGGUGGGACUGGAAGGAUUGCACCGAGUUAUGAACGUCGUUUUGACGCUGGGUUGAAGGAUCUAGAUAAAAAACUUCAUGUUGAAAAUGGGUGA